AUGUCAAGCUCUACAGCUCACCGAUGCCACACAUACGGGCUCGUCAGGAACUUUCAAUACGGGCAGUUUAUCUCUGCUGAACUUGCCCAAUUACAGUCGUCGAUUUUCCAUGAGCAGGAGCCCGCUUCUGGCCCAAGCUGGUGUGCCAAAACCCCCUUCGUUACUGGUAGUCCACGUCGCACACUGCCGCACCGCGCGACUCCCGACUUCUCUGUGCUUGCGCGGCACCGUCAGUGCGCUCAUCCUCAGCAGAACCUUCGUCUCAUUCGAUUCGUGCGAUGCCCUGGCGACCUUUCGCUGCUCGUCGCACUCCUUCGAAGUUACCGUCAACCGAGAAAGCCAAUCCUUUCCUUCCUCAAUCUGGUUCACCCCAACCCGCUCUGCGUAGCACCCGUCUUGCAACACCGCCUGGCACGCUCUCUAGCGGUACAGAAUCAUCUGAGCGUAACACCAGGAGCACAGACUGUCACGAUGGUGUGUCCGAUGAGGGUCGUGCUCGUGGUUGUCUCAGCGUUCAUCGCGGGUUACAUGACGUGGCGGUCAUGGAAGAGCGUCGAUGACGUCGACAGCCUUCGCUCUUCCGAGACGUCUGAGAGCUGUUUCGCGUACGGUGACGGAAGCUCGGAGUCGGAUGCGGCGAUGAUGUCGGAGCCUCUUGUCCGGUCGGGCCGGGGUAAAAGCAAGAAGAGCAAGACCAUCUGGGCGCACAUUUGGGCCGUGCUCAUGUCAAUCGUCGACAUGGGGUCAGGUCGCUAUCUAUAUGCAAUGUGGGCUGCUAACAAGGAGCAGGAGAAGAGAGAGCAACAACAAACACAGCGGUGUCAGUCGCAGUUGGUUGCUGGAGAGGGAGAUGCUCCUGCUACUCAUUCUGUCCUCGCCAAGAGCCACUCCAACCUUUGCCCAACCACCUCUCUAGCCCCAACAACCAGGCCCAUUCUCGGGGACCUUCUGCGCCUCUCCAAUCGCGCCAUCCAAUCACAGGCUGGCCGCACCUCCCCCACGGCUGCGUGUGGGCGCUCUCGAGAUUUCCGCCCCUCUCAUUUCCGCUCCGCGCAACCCGGAAUUUGUCAUCCUCUUCCCCGGGCGGUCCAGUUUGUGUCGCGUUCGCCCUCAUCUGCUGACCUCCUUCGGUUGAUGGCGUCGUUGUUCAAGCCGGGAUGCUCGGAGGCCUAUCUCGCCGUGUUUUCAGACGACACGCCUGAAACAUGGUGCUGGCUAGGCUACGAGGGCAACUCCCUCGUCCCGAUGGGGACUGGCACUGGCGACGUCAACGACAUGGUUAAAAAGUGCGAGGACAACAACAUUCUGUACGGUUUACUACGAUUGGUCAAGAUGGACGACGGCGGCGACUCGAAGCGCGUGAAGUUUGUCUUCAUCACGUGGGUCGGCGAGAGCGCGUCGCCGCUCAAGAAGGGGAAGGUCGCUCUCCACAAGAAGGACUGCGCGACUCUAUUUAAGGGUUUCCACAUUGAGAAGCAGUUGUACGAGAGGGAGGCCCUGGCGGGGCUGGAGAAGGAUAUUGACGACACGCUCAAGAUGGCAGGCGGCGCCAACUACGACAUGGGCAACAUCCGCAUGGGCGUGCAGGCUGGCAACUCCGACAGCUACAAGUCCAUGUCGAAGAAGUUUUUCCAGGAGAAGGAAGCAGAGACGAAUAUCAAGAACAUUGUGUACCACAAGGGUCCUUUGCAGAAGGGUAUCACGGCAUGCGAUCUUGGUGGCCGGCAAUUUGUGGCCUCACAUGCAGAUGCCAAGAAGAACAUCAAGGGGUAUGAAAGCCCAAUCAGGGGUAGCCCAUCUGGUGCCAAGGGGUAG